AUGGAAAAGCCUUCCUCAUCACUUGAAGAGCUUUUGAAGACGUAUAUUGUGGACUCUAAGGCUCGUCUUGAUCAACAUGACGCUCGUCUCAACAACAUUGAAACUCACUGCACCAAUUUGGGAGGCACUAUGAAGGCACUAGAAACACAAGUUGGCCAAUUGGCUAAUGCUAUAAAAGGGCAAUCAUCAAGGUCCUUCCCAAGCGACACCGAGAAGAUCCCAAGGGAGUGCAAGGCCAUCACAUUGAGGAGUGGUAAAGAGCUUGAAAGCCUGAGUGUUCAAAACGCCAUGGUUGAUGAGGAGCCUAUCAAGAGCAAUGAUGAUGGUAAGGACAAGUCAAAAGAGGAAAAUCUGAAGGCGAAGAAGGAAGCACCAGUGGUUACACCAGGUUCGAUCACUUUUCUGGAUAACCCACCUCGUAUCACUCCCCCAUUGCCAUUCCCUCAACGGUUCCAGAAGAAUACGCUUGACGAGCAAUUUGAGAAAUUUCUCAAUAUCUUCAAGAGGAUCCACAUCAACAUCCACUUCGUGGACGCUCUAGAGCAAAUGCCAAACUAUGCCAAAUUCAUGAAGGAAGUUAUGUCCAAGAAGCGCAAACUCGAGGACUAUGAGACAGUGAAGCUUACAGAAGAAUGUAGCGCUAUCAUAAAGAGACAACUACUGGAGAAAUUGAAGGAUCCGGGUAGUUUUAGAAUCCCAUGCAUCAUUGGAGAACUUCACAUUGAGAAAGCCUUGUGUGAUCUUGGGGCUAGCAUCAACCUCAUGCCUCUCUCUAUCUUGCGGAAGCUCAACCUUGGAGAGAUCACACCUACCACCAUCUCAUUACAAUUGGCGGACCGCUCUCUCACCUACCCUAAAGGUAUUAUCGAGGAUGUCUUGAUGGAAGAAGAUCAGGAAAUCUCCAUUAUUUUUGGAAGGCCUUUCCUAGCUACCGGAAGGGCUUUAAUAGAUGUGCACAGUGGGAACUUGACUUUAAGGUUCAAUGAGGAGAAAGCCAUCUUCAACCUCUUAAAUUCCAAGAAGUCUCCGCAAGAAAAGCCGACAUGCAACCGAGUGGAGGAAUUGAAAUCUUGUAUCAAGGAGUUCACUCAAGAAGUGAUGCCGAAAGAAUCUUUGAGGAAUGGUCCUACCAAUUCCCUAACCAUAAAAAAAUUGAGCAAUGAACAUUGUCCCAAGAAAGAUGAUGCGGGGGAGUAUAUUGUUAAGAAGGCUGAAGCCAUUGCCACCCCGAUGAACAAUGAAAUGGUGGUGGCCAAGAAGAAAGCCAAGAAGAAGCACGAUCAGCGAACCUCGUGGCAAGAUCUCACUUUGGGCCAACGCAUCCUUCUUUUCAACUCUCAGUUGAAGCUCUCCCCUGAAAAGGUGGAGUCAAGAUUAUCUGGAACAUUUAAGAUCAAGCGAGUGUUUUCUUUCUAUACCAUCGAGCUAGAACCAAGAGGAUGA